GGUCGGGGGAGGCCCAUACGCAUGCGCACAAGCGAUUUUCGCCGAUUUUUUUCCGCCCGUGUGCGUGUGCGCAUGCGCACGGGCGCGCACUCCCCCGCCCUCCGGCCCGCUGCGCGCGCACUCCCCUGCAGUCCGGCCCACCGCGCGGUCGGCGCGGCGGGCACCGGCCCGCCGCUCGGUAAGUCUGGGGACCCCUGGUCUAAAAUGUUAGUAAGGCUUUCCUUUUGCAGAAGCCAUGUUGAUCCUGCUUCAGCAAGACUCAAUAGUUGUAUCUCACAAGCUUUCUACCCAUUGGUUCGGAGCAAAUGUUAAGCUAACUAGGGCUGGGCAAUAUUAGGUUUUCAACAUUGUGGUGUGUCACCAGCCAAACAUUGCGGUGUGUCACCAGUGCUGGGUGAAACUGCCAUAGCUCUCACUGUGGGAGCCGAGGCUCUUUCACCCCAGAGCCUUGCAGGUCAGGGCCAAUGCAGCUGGCCCAAGCCCCUGCUCAGCUGGGGGGGAGGCUUGCGCCCAACAGGUGAGUGAGCCAGACCACUCCCCAAGACGAAGGGAGCCCGCCUUCACCUUCACCGGCAAGGGGAAGGGUGGGCAAGCAACCUCCUCCUCCUGGGAGAAAGAGGCCACUUGCGGUUGGAGGAUGGAUGGCGGCUAAGAGAUUGUGGUUGAAUCCUGACAAGACAGAAGUACUGUUCGUGGGGGACAGGAGGCGGGCAGGUGUGGAGGACUCCCUGGUCCUGAAUGGGGUAGCUGUGCCCCUGAAGGACCAGGUGCGCAGCCUGGGAGUCAUUUUGGACUCACAGCUGUCCAUGGAGGUGCAGGGCAGUUCUGUGUCCAGGGCAGCUGUCUAUCAGCCCCAUCUGGUACGCAGGCUGAGACCCUACCUGCCUGCAGACUGUCUCGCCAGAGUGGUGCAUGCUCUAGUUAUCUCUCACUUGGACUACUGUCAUGCGCUCUACGUGGGGCUACCUUUGAAGGUGACCCGGAAACUACAACUAAUCCAGAAUGCGGCAGCUAGAUUGGUGACUGGGAGUGGCCACCAAGACCACAUAACACUGGUCUUGAAAGACCUACAUUGGCUCCCAGUACAUUUCCGAGCACAAUUCAGUGUUGGUGCUGACCUUUAAAGCCCUAAAUGGCCUCGGUCCAGUAUACCUGAAGGAGCGUCUCCACCUCCAUCAUUCUGCCCAGACACUGAGGUCCAGCGCUGAGGGCCUUCUGGCGGUUCCCUCGUUGCGAGAAGCCAAGUUACAGGGAACCAGGCAUAGGGCCUUCUUGGUAGUGGCGCCCACCCAUCAGAUGUCAAAGAGAAAAACAACUACGGUACCAGAUUUUUAGAAGACAUCUGAAGGCAGCCCUGUUUAGGGAGGCUUUUAAUGUUUAAUAGAUUAUUGUAUUUUAUUUUUCUGUUGGAAGCAGCCCAAAGUGGCUGGGGAAACCCAGCCAGAUGGGUGGGGUAUAAAUAAUAAAUUAUUAUUAUUAUUAUUAUUAUUAUUAUUAUUAUUAUUAUUAUGCUUCCCCCUCCCCCCGCUGAGUGAGUCUGGAUCCUCCUCCUGCUCUCGUGCUUAUCGGGGCUUUCUCAGCUUGGGAGCAGGAGCAGAUUGACGGCACCCUCACCCCACCGAUGACCUCCUGCUGGUGGGGCGGGUCUGGGGCUCCAAACUGCUUGGCUGAGGUGAGGGCACGGAGGGAGAAUCAAGCUGUAUUGGCGCCUGCACUGGUCUGGGGGACCGACCAUGAUGGUGGUUUCCCUCAGUGGGAUAUCGCUAGUGAAACCACUGUGGCUCUUGAGUCCCUUUGCCUCCAGCCCCCAGCUGCAGCUUGUUUCUCCCUCGGCACACUGAGCGUUGGGGGUGGGGGUGGGGGUCUCAGGAGUGGCAGAGGUUUCACCCGUGAUAUACCGCUGCGUGAAACCCCCAUUGUGGUGAGCCCCUCAUACUGGUCCUGGGUGAUACAUCAAUAUAUCGCCGGGCCUGAAGCUGCCCUGCCUUCAGUCUCAAGUCUUACUUUGGCUACUUUCCAGUUCUCUAGAAUGUGGGCUGAUUUUAGGGACAAGUUAUGUAAUUUCCUUAGAAGACCAGCCUUCCCAUUUCCGUUCUUUAACUCACAGGUGGAUGCUGUGGGGCCAUGGUGAAUUGUUAACUUUUAAUUUGUCAAUAAGCCCUUGUCUGCAUGUGGCUCAAUUUUUUUGCGCUCUCUCUCUCUCUUCUCUCUCUCUCUCUCUCUCUCUCUCACACACACACACACACACAGAGAGAGAGAUUGAAUUCCGCUUCUCUCCUUCCCAAGCACUCUGUUUGCUCCCUUGUGUAAUGCUCCAUCCUCUCCCCGGCUGGUUUCUUGCUUCUGGUGUAUUUAAAGACAUGGCUGUUGUUCUUAUUAUGCAUCUCAGUUUUUUUCUGCCUUCCCACUCGCUGCUGGGAACUAGAGCAGUGCUUCUUGCCAGAGGUACCAUAUCUGUUCGGCAGGGAUUGUGUGAGCUGUCAGUAGCUUUGAGGAGCCCAGAUUGUGCCUCAACUCGCCGGCAGUUUCCCAGGGCCAGGAGUGGGGCUGCAGCUUGAUCCCUCUCCCCGAGGUCCUGUGCUUUCUUUCCCCAAGCCAGUGCUUCUUGCAGACGGUUGCGUGAAAAGAAAGCCCAGUGGGCAAGCGCCUGCCUGUGUGUGGUGGAAAGGCUCCAUGCAGCUGGGACACCUGUGCAGCCGAGUGCCUCAGCCAUGUGAAGCCCCUACUCACGAGCAGGCACUUGCAGGUGGCAGAUCUAUGGCACCAGGUGAGGCCGAAAGGACAGCCCUCUGCUCCCUGCACACUUAGACCCUGGAGUCUGGAGAGGGUUGCAUCCUGCCCUCUUGUGUGCGGUUGUGUACGGAGAUUGCUUGGGGAUUCUCCAGUGAUGGAUCCGUUGUCAUGCAGACACACGACCAAAUGCAGAAGCACCAGCAGAGGUUUCCCUUCACAUAUUUACAGUAUAUCACAGAUGUCAUCCUGAGCCACCAAAUUGCCUCUCUUCUUCUUCUUCUUCUUCUUCUUCUUCUUCUUCUUCUUCUUCUUCUUCUUCUUCUUCUUCUUCUUCUUCUUCUUCUUCUUCUUCUUCCCCUCCUGUGAUGUUGGAUGAAUAAUAAUAAUAAUAAUAAUAAUGAUAAUAAAGGUUGCCAGUUCAUGUUUUUAGGUGAGAUGGUGCAUCAUAUUUUACUUCCAGUUUUAAAAGAAGCAAUAGGAGAUGCUUCCUUGGUUGCCUAGCAACUGUGUGAGAUCCCACCUAGCCCCCCCCCUCCAGUAAUUCUUUUUAGUUCCUGCUAAGGUGAAACCAGCUGGAAUCAGACCCUCCUGCACUCACUUUCCUCUUGUCUCUUAAGUUAAGGUUUCCUCAAGGGGGAAAGUGACUUAUCUGGGGCCAGUUGAUGACCUUCUGUGGGCCUUCCUCUUCUCCCUAGAAAGAGAGGCAGAGUGAAAUCAUGUCCUGCUCUGUCUUCCCUCCAUUGUUAGGUGCAUGUUAUGUCCAGUGGCAGAUCAGGCUGUGAGCAGCCUGGCCCAUGCAGGGGAUACUUGGGACAGGUCUCUUGUCCUGGGACCAGGCGAUGAAUCCAGAGGCAGCUAAUCAUGGGCUCCUUGCUGUGUCCUGCCCAUGUGUUUGAUGCACCUGAGCUUUGCCAGCUUUUUAUUCAUGUAUCUCAAGGAUUUAUAUGUCCCCUUUUAGGGCAUAGCCCUUACAAGAUCAUAUACAGACGUACCUUGGAUCCUGAACGCCUUGCAACUCAAACAUUUUGGCUCCUGAACGCAGCAAAUCCAGAAGUGAGUGUUCUGGUUUGCAAACGUUCUUUGGAUCCCAAACAUCCGACGCGGCAGCCAAUUGGAAGCUGCACCUUGGUUGUCAAACAUUUUCAGAAGUUGAACGGACUUCCAGAAUGGAUUCCAAUCCUCAACCAAUGUAUGACUGUAUCGUGAUGGGGAAAGUUUCAUUAAGAUCCACCAGAAUGGACCAAAAGAAUUCUGUGUCCUAAGAAAUUCAGGAGGACAUGGGGACCUAAAACCUUUGGGGAAGGAGAGUCUUCAGGUCAGGAGCCAUCUUGGAUUGAGCUGCUCCACAGAUGUUGGUGUCCAGUUUUCUUUCUCCUGUUCCCUCACAGUGGUGGCUCUGGCUUGCCUCAGAGGAGGUCUUGGAAGCCACACGUGAUCCCUGCUUCCCAGGAAGGGGCUGAGGAAAUGGUCUCCUCCCCAGUGAGUCCAAGAGCUGGUAAAGCCAGAGAAAGAGGCCCCAGAGUGUCUCAACGGUGGGCCCCUGCGCCUCUCCGCUACGUCCCCUGUCCCCUGAAUUCUGAGCUGUUGAGUGAGGUGGAUGCAGACCCUCUUGUUAAUCCACAGAGCCCAGCUCUAAGAACUAGUUCCCACCCGGCAGCCCCUUGCACCUCCAAGACAGAAGCACAGCAGCCUUUGGAGGUAGGGGAUCCACGUUGUGCCCUUCUCGUACUCUACCACUCUUUGUCUUCAGCAGCUGCAAUCCACAAGAGUGGCUUGGGGGCAGGAUGGUUUGGGAGGUCCUUUGGAGUCCUCCUCACCCUAGCAGCCGGAGCCCACCCCACCCCACUCCACCCUCCCUCAUUCAGUAGCUCCUCCAGCAGGGACGCUUCCUCCCGCGCCUCCUUUUGGAGAGAGGCAGGGUGUUUCCAGCAGUGCGCAGCUUUUGGGUAUCUUGAUUGCCUCCUUUGCAGGGCCUGGAGGCGACAUUCCAUUUGGGUGCAGAAGGGCCGGCCUGGCCUUGGCAAGCAGACCUGGCCCUCCCCAGCACACUUGCAGCUAUGGGAUGUACUGAUGAGCAUUUGCCCCCAUGCUCAGUCCUGGCUCAGGGUCUCAGGCUUCCUUGCCGUGUUGGAGUUUGCAGCAUAAAGGCACUGUGGACAUAAAUGCCAGGUGACCUUUGGCGCAGCCUCCCUUCCCUCUGCAAAACAUUGAUUUUGUUUGCCUGGCAAAGGGGCCGACGGCAUGUUGCCCAAUGGGACGCCUUCUGUCUCUGGAGAGGGCGUGCAAAGCCGGGCUUCUGCUGGACUGGCCAGGAGAGCAUUUUGCUCUGGCUGUCCGGAGGAAAUGUGCCGCUGCCUUUCUGCUCCUGCCUGUGCUUCCUUUUAGCUGGCCGAGCAGCUUAGCUGGGCUCCCAGAUGGCCGCCUGUUCCCCCCCACGCAAGUGCUGCUGUGGGGCUCCUGAUGGCUGUGCAGUGGGGCCUCCGAGGCAGGCUGGCUCUGCUGCCAAGGCCUGGGCAGAUGCACCUCCGGGGCUCCAGCCCCAGGAUGCAGCUGGGCAACCGCCUUGUGUUUCAGCCACAUUGCCUGUGGCAUCCAAACAGAGGGGCAGGUUCACCAACCUGCGUGACAGUGUGAAGAAGAGUCCCACCAAGAGCACCGCCAAGGUGAGGGCUGCCAGCGGGUGGGGCUCUGACAGCUCGUGGUCCAAUUGCUCCUCGGAGAAGAUACCAGAAGCUGUUCCUCUUUCUCUUCCCGUUGUCUCUGUCCUGCCAGUCCCUGCUGAGACCACACUCAUCCCAUCUUCCAUCUCACAGGCAAAUCCUCCUCCAGUGGUGGUGAACACCGAAACGUCAGAGACCCCAACCUACGUCAAUGGCACAGAUGCAGAUUUUGAAUAUGAAGAAAUUACACUGGAAAGGGGCAAUUCAGGACUUGGCUUCAGCAUUGCAGGAGGUACGGACAACCCCCACAUUGGGGACGACUCGAGUAUCUUCAUUACAAAGAUCAUCCCGGGAGGAGCUGCUGCGCAAGAUGGAAGAUUGCGGGUGAAUGACUGCAUUUUGCGUGUCAACGAGGUGGACGUCCGUGACGUGACGCAUAGCAAAGCCGUAGAAGCCUUGAAGGAGGCAGGCUCCGUAGUCCGGCUGCAUGUCAAGAGAAGAAAGCAAGUAACGGAAAAAAUCAUGGAGAUCAAGCUUGUGAAAGGCCCCAAAGCAGGUCUUGGCUUUAGCAUCGCUGGGGGUGUUGGAAACCAGCACAUUCCUGGAGACAACAGCAUCUAUGUCACCAAGAUUAUUGAAGGAGGUGCAGCACACAAGGAUGGCAAGCUUCAGAUUGGAGACAAACUGAUGGCUGUCAACAGCGUUUGCUUAGAGGAAGUGACCCACGAAGAAGCAGUGACUGCCUUAAAAAACACCUCUGACUUUGUUUACCUGAAAGUGGCAAAACCCACCAGCAUGUUCAUGAACGACAACUACGCCCCGCCAGACAUCACCAACGCUUAUUCUCAGCCUGCCGACAACCACAUCAGCCCAUCAACCUACUUGGGGCAGACCCUUCCGCCAGCGUCGCCAGGGAGAUAUUCCCCUAUCCCCAAAGGGAUGCUCGGAGACGACGAGAUCACCAGGGAGCCACGGAAGCUGGUGCUCCAUCGAGGAUCCACAGGGCUUGGCUUCAACAUAGUGGGAGGAGAAGACGGCGAAGGCAUCUUUGUCUCCUUCAUCCUUGCAGGGGGGCCUGCAGAUCUAAGCGGCGAGCUCAGGAAAGGAGACCGUAUAAUUUCAGUAAACGGUGUAGACCUCAAAGCUGCAACUCAUGAAGAAGCAGCUGCUGCCUUGAAAAAUGCUGGCCAAGCUGUCACCAUUGUGGCUCAAUACCGUCCAGAAGAAUACAGCCGUUUUGAAGCUAAAAUACACGACUUGCGAGAGCAGAUGAUGAGCAGCAGCAUCAGUUCAGGGUCGGGGUCCCUGCGGACAAGCCAGAAACGGUCUCUCUAUGUCAGAGCCCUCUUUGACUACGACAAGACAAAAGACAGCGGCCUCCCAAGCCAGGGACUGAAUUUCCGAUUUGGCGACAUCCUCCAUGUCAUCAACGCUUCUGAUGAUGAGUGGUGGCAGGCCCGGCCGGUCAUGCCAGAUGGCGAGAGGGAUGAGGUUGGCGUCAUCCCCAGCAAGCGCAGGGUUGAGAAGAAGGAACGAGCUCGUUUAAAGACAGUGAAAUUCAACUCUAAAGCAAGAGGGGACAAAGGGCAGUCAUUCAAUGACAAGCGUAAAAAGAACCUCUUUUCCCGAAAAUUUCCCUUCUACAAGAACAAGGACCAGAGUGAGCAAGAAACCAGUGAUGUGGACCAGCACGUGACGUCCAACGCCAGCGACAGCGAAAGCAGCUACCGUGGCCAAGAGGAAUAUGUCCUGUCUUAUGAGCCGGUUACUCAGCAGGAAGUCAAUUACACGCGGCCUGUGAUAGUUCUGGGACCAAUGAAAGACCGGAUCAAUGAUGACCUCAUCUCUGAAUUCCCUGACGAGUUCGGAUCCUGCGUUCCACAUACGACCCGGCCAAAGAGAGACUACGAGGUGGACGGUCGGGAUUACCACUUUGUUACGUCCAGAGAACAAAUGGAGAAAGAUAUCCAGGAUCACAGGUUCAUUGAAGCCGGCCAGUACAACAACCACCUGUAUGGGACAAGUGUGCAGUCCGUGCGGGAGGUAGCAGAGAAGGGGAAGCACUGCAUUCUUGAUGUCUCCGGAAACGCAAUCAAGAGGCUCCAAAUCGCCCAGUUGCACCCAAUCUCCGUUUUCAUCAAACCCAAAUCAGUGGAGAACAUCAUGGAAAUGAAUAAGCGGCUGACGGAUGAGCAAGCUCGGAAGACCUUUGAGAGAGCCAUGAAGUUGGAGCAAGAAUUCACCGAACAUUUCACAGCUAUUGUGCAAGGAGACACAUUGGAAGAAAUCUACAACCAAGUCAAGCAAGUCAUUGAGGAGCACUCCAGCCCCUACAUCUGGGUUCCCGCCAAGGAGAAGCUCUGAAGGCUGCCCAGCGGGGGCCCUGCGCCUCCCCCCUCCCGUGCUUCCCACCUGGGGGCAGCCCCUGUCCUGCAUGGGCCCCCGUGGCUCCUGUAGCAUUUCCCCAGUGCCCCCCUUUUGUGUGGAUUCUCACAAGCUGCUGGCGGGUGGCCAUUUUCUCAAGGGUCAAAGGGCAGGGGCUCGAUCCGCUCGUGUGGAUACGAAAUGGAGAAUUUUGUGGUAAAACUCCUUAAUGUUUAAGGGAAAGUAUCCUUCAGAGAUUUUGAGAAAACAAAUCUUUAUAUACACCCUUUUAAAUAUUUCCUAACAAAAGAAAAGUGGUCUUAAUGAUGUAAAUGGUGAGCAGUUUUGCACGCGUGACGUGACCUGCAUGAUUUGAUUCACGGGGUUGGCUGCAGGCCGCAGUUCCGUAGUUUUCUGUUGUUGGCAACACAUUUAUUUUACAGGCAGUUAAAUAGGAGAUUUUUGUUCAAAUGUCCAAGAUAAUGUAAAUGGAGUUGCCAUUAUUUCACAAGGGAAAACCCAUUUUCAUAAUUUCAUAAGAAUAUUCUUUAUAGUCUAUUUUUUCAUUUUUUGCUGAUGCCGUUGUUGGGGACAAGAAUAUCUCCUGUUUUUAAACUACCACAUACGAGACUAUUUGGAGUGUCUUACUGAUGGGUAACGGUCAUUGCAUUUUUGAAUCCAAAUACAGUUUAGGUGCUUUAAAAGCUUGUACUUCAUAUAGGAAUGAUUAAUUUUGUUCUGAAAAUAUUCUGAAAGAUUAUCAUAAGAGACGAUUCAGAGUCUGAAAUAUAAAUAUGUUCUUAGAAGUCAGAUUUUAAUGAAUAUUUUACCCACAAUAACUGCCUAUUUUGUUAUAA